UUCCCCUCGCUCCCCGCAUGAGAUCUUGCCACCUCUUUCUUGUCACCCUCUCUCCCCUCUCGAUCUCUCACUCACUUCCCUCCUAAUCCGCCCACUCCGGGCUCUGUAUUCAUCUAGUAUACCCUCACAGCCAUGGGAGAAGAGGCCGACCCAGGUGGCGCCGUGCGCGACCUCGUCUGCGGAACCAUCGCGGGCAUGGCAGCCAAGCUAUUCGAACACCCUUUUGAUCUUGUCAAGGUGCGCCUGCAAUCGCAGCCUACCGACCGCCCCGCGCAGUUCAAGGGGCCUCUCGACUGCUUCAAGUAUACUGUUGGGCAUGAGGGUGUGCGGGGCCUGUACCGCGGCCUGUCCGCGCCCAUCUUUGGCGCCGCUGUCGAGAACGCAACUCUGUUCUUCGUGUACAAUCGUUGUCAGGCCGCCAUCUACCAGCUUUCCUCUAAGCCUGCCAUCGUCGGCGGAGUGCAGCGUGAGCUCAGCAUUCCGGAGCUUGCUCUCGCUGGUGCCGGCGCGGGCGCCGUGACCUCUUUCGCUCUCACCCCUAUUGAGCUUAUCAAGUGCCGCAUGCAGGUACAGAUGCUCGCCCCCUCUGUCGCGGCAACCGGUCCCGUGAUUGUCAAGACUGCGCUCGAGGCGCCUGGCUCACCCUCUUCGACGGUGACUCUUCCCGCCAACCUUGUCAACGGCAAGGCACCUCUGAAGGGUCCUCUGGCUCUGAUCGCCGACACGGUCCGUCAGAACGGAAUCCGCGGCUUGUGGUUGGGCCAGACGGGCACAUUCCUCCGCGAGACUGGUGGCUCCGCCGCUUGGUUCGGCAUCUAUGAGCUUGCCGCCCGCCUUAUGGUCAAGCAGCACCAAGCGCGUGCGCCACCAGGCCAUGUCGCGUCCAAAGCGGACCUUGCCGCAUGGCAGCUGAUGCUGGCAGGAGCAAUGGGUGGUAUCGCCUACAACGUCUCGCUCUUCCCUGCCGACUGCGUCAAGAGCACAAUGCAGACUCACGCCGAGCUCAACCCCAACAAGCCUGUUCCGGGAUUCGGUGCGACGUUCAUGAACAUCUACCGCAUGCGUGGAAUCCGCGGGCUGUAUGCCGGAUGCGCGCUCACGUGUCUUCGUUCGGGGCCGUCGUCAGCGAUGAUUUUCGGCUUGUUUGAGACGCUGCGCAUCAAUUUCGGCUGGGUAUUUGAGCCAGGAUCUGGCAAGGGACCGGAGCAACUCAAGUAGUAGAUGAUAGAGUAAUAGUGUACGCAUGUACCAUUCUUGUAC